AUGACGGCUGUCAAUGUUGCCCUGGUUCGUGAUACCAAGUGGCUGACUUUGGAAGUCUGUAGAGAAUUUCAGAGAGGAACCUGCUCUCGAGCUGAUGCAGAUUGCAAGUUUGCCCAUCCGCCAAGAGUUUGCCAUGUGGAAAAUGGUCGUGUGAUGGCUUGUUUUGAUUCUUUAAAGGGUCGGUGUGCUAGAGAGAACUGCAAGUACCUUCACCCUCCUCCGCAUUUAAAAACGCAGCUGGAAAUUAAUGGACGGAACAAUCUGAUUCAACAAAAGACUGCUGCAGCCAUGUUUGCCCAGCAGAUGCAGUUUAUGCUCCAAAAUGGUCAAAUGCCAUCACUUACUUCUUUUCCUGUGACUCCAUCCCUGGCAGCUAAUCCUGCCAUGGCUUUCAAUCCCUACUUACCUCAUCCUGGGAUGGGCCUGGUCCCUGCCGAACUUUUACCAAAUGCACCUGUGCUGAUUUCUGGAAACCCGCCUCUCCCACUGCCAGGAGCUCCUGGUCCAAAACCGAUGCGUUCAGAUAAACUGGAGGUUUGCCGUGAAUUUCAGCGUGGAAAUUGUACCCGUGGUGAGAACGAUUGCCGCUAUGCUCACCCUACUGAUGUUUCCAUGAUUGAGGCAAGUGAUAAUACCGUGACCAUCUGCAUGGAUUAUAUCAAAGGUCGAUGCUCCCGGGAGAAAUGCAAGUACUUUCAUCCUCCUGCGCACUUGCAAGCCAGACUCAAGGCAGCUCAUCACCAGAUGAACCAUUCAGCUGCCACUGCCAUGGCCCUGCAGCCCGGUGCACUUCAACUGAUACCAAAGAGAUCAGCACUUGAAAAGACCAAUGGUGCCACCCCGGUCUUUAAUCCCAGUGUUUUCCACUGCCAGCAGGCUCUGGCUAACCUGCAACUCCCGCAGCCGGCAUUUAUCCCUGCAGGGCCAAUACUGUGCAUGGUACCUGCUUCAAGUAUUGUGCCCAUGAUGCACGGUGCUACACCUACCACUGUGUCUGCAGCAACACCACCUGCCACCAGCGUUCCCUUCGCUGCAACAGCUACAAUCAAUCAGAUACCCCCAUUAUCAAUAGAUGAACUGAAUAGCAGCAUGUUUGUUUCACAGAUGUAG